AUGGAGGACAGACGCAAUGAGCCAUGGCUACGGAAAUUCCGCUCCUCGGAGACAUUUAUCGUCGUCGUCGUGUCAAUCGCCAUAUUUACAGAUGUAUUCCUUUAUGGCAUGAUUGUUCCGAUUAUUCCUAUUGCGCUUGUUGAACGUGCUGGUGCUCGUGAGGAAGAUGCUCAAUCGUGGGUUUCGGUUUUGCUCGCUGUAUACGGAGGGACGCUUCUUGUCGGAUCGCCUUUGUUUGGGUACUUCGCCGACAAAUGUCGAUUCAGGAGGGUGCCUUUUGUCGUCGGACUGGUUGCGCUGGGAGCGUCGACGCUUCUUUUCGUCUUGGCAUCUUCCAUGACGGUCCUGAUUAUUGCGCGCGGUUUGCAGGGCCUCUCUGCGGCUGCGGUAUGGGUGGUCGGGCUUGCUAUCGUGGCGGACAAUGUUCCACGGGAGCGCGUUGGGGAGGCAAUGGGUCAUACGACUAUUGCGCUGACGUGGGGUUUUCUACUUGGUCCAACCAUUGGGGGGAUCAUGUAUGAGAAGCUUGGAUUUGAAGGAACAUUUGCGAUUCCUGCGGGGUUGAUUGUUGUGGAUGUUGUGUUGCGGUUCGCGAUGAUUGAACGGUCAGGUAAGUCUUCAACGAUGGAUAAGGGCAAGCCCAGUCUCUUUGAACAGGAGCCGAAUUGUCACCAUAAUGGCUACAACACCUUUGGUGACCGCAGUGAGAUUAAUUCCGAAUAUUCGACAUCAACGUGCCGCGAUGUCCACAGUGAAUCCGCUACUCUCCUGGCGUCCACCCCUUCCGUGGACCGCUGGCUGGAAACGAAUCAGCGAAAAGCAACUGUUUUCGAUCUUCUCCGAACUCCACGUCUUCCCCUUGCGCUGGCCUCAACCGUCGUCAUGGCUGUCACAUUUGCUGCCCUCGAGACUACCCUCCCACUAUACGUCAUGGAAACAUUCCACUGGUCCUCCGGUGGUGCCGGCCUAAUCUUCGUCGCCUCCUCCGUACCCAGCUUCACAGGAGUCUACAUUGGCAAAGCAAUCCCCCGUCUCGGGAUACGCCCAUUAGGCACAGCGGCUUUUUUACUAGCAUCGGCCUGCUGGAUCCUAAUGCGCUUCGUUGAAGACUACACAAUCGCCCACAUAAUUCUGCUCAUCAGUCUCCUCCUUCUCCUUGGACUAGCAGUCGUGACUAUCGAGGUUGUGUCCAUGACUGAAGUAUUCCAGGUAAUAGAGGAUUUUGAGCUUGAAUUUCCAGGGGCAUUUGGUGAGAAGAGUCCGGUUGCGCAGGCUUAUGCGCUUUUUAAUAUGGCGUUUGCGGGAGGUCAAUUGCUGGGACCGAUUUUGGCAGGUUGGAUCAUGGUUCAUGCGGGCUGGGGUGUUAUGACUCUUGUUACUGGGACUUUGUGUGGUGUCAUGGCCCUUCCGAUCGCGUUAUUUGGGGAUGUGAAGCGCAGGACUGGAUUGGUAGAGUCGGAGGUUGAUGCUUGA